CACUCUCCUUUCCCUCUCGGACCCCAGCCCUGCAGCAGGGCCUGUCGGGAGUUGUAGUCCCAAGGCGGCGGCCGCGCGCGGCGGCGAAGAUGCGGGGCACCGCCUGUCCCCGCCUCCCCCUAACCUGCUAGCGCGAGGUGGGGAGCAUUGGGGAGGAGGCGUCGGGUCGGUGAUUGGCCGAGGCCGCCUCCAGCCCCCACCCACGUCCCCUCCCCAGCUCCCGGCUUCCGACUCCAGCGCCCCGCGCGCCAAGGCGGCGAUCGAGCGAGCGCGCGUGCAGCCGCCGCCGCCCCGAGCACCCGCAGCUCCCGCGCCGCGGCGAGACCGAGGAGAGACGGACCGACCGACGGACCCUCGCAGCCGCAGCAUCCCGGAGGACUCUGAAGCCUGAGAAGUCCAAGAUCAAGGUGCUGGCCAAUUCACUUGCUGGUGAGGACUCUCCGCCUGGCUUGCAGAUGACUACCUUCUGAACAUGCUUGCCAAUUCAGGCAGCGUGAGGAUUCUCAUCAAGGGAGGCAAGGUGGUGAACGAUGAUUGCACCCACGAGGCUGAUGUCUACAUCGAGAAUGGCAUCAUCCAGCAGGUGGGCCGUGAGCUCAUGAUCCCUGGAGGGGCCAAGGUGAUCGAUGCCACUGGGAAGCUGGUGAUCCCUGGAGGCAUUGACACCAGCACCCACUUCCAUCAGACCUUCAUGAACGCUACAUGUGUGGAUGACUUCUACCACGGGACCAAGGCGGCGCUAGUUGGAGGAACCACCAUGGUCAUCGGCCACGUCCUGCCCGAUAAGGAGACCUCCCUGGUGGACGCCUACGAGAAGUGCCGGGGUCUGGCCGACCCCAAGGUCUGCUGUGACUACGCCCUGCACGUGGGGAUCACCUGGUGGGCACCCAAGGUGAAAGCAGAAAUGGAGACACUGGUAAGGGAGAAGGGUGUCAACUCGUUCCAGAUGUUCAUGACCUACAAAGACUUGUGCAUGCUCCGGGACAGUGAGCUUUACCAAGUGUUGCACGCUUGCAAGGACAUUGGAGCGAUCCCCCGAGUCCAUGCUGAGAAUGGGGAGCUCGUGGCCGAGGGUGCCAAGGAGGCGCUAGAUUUGGGUAUCACAGGCCCAGAAGGAAUCGAGAUCAGCCGCCCAGAGGAGUUGGAAGCUGAAGCCACUCACCGAGUUAUCACCAUUGCAAACAGGACUCACUGCCCGAUCUACCUGGUCAACGUGUCCAGCAUCUCGGCCGGUGAGGUUAUCGCAGCUGCUAAGAUGCAAGGGAAGGUUGUGCUGGCCGAGACCACCACGGCGCAUGCCACGCUGACCGGCUUACACUACUACCACCAGGACUGGUCCCACGCGGCCGCCUACGUCACGGUGCCUCCGCUGAGACUGGACACCAACACCUCAACCUACCUCAUGAGCCUGCUGGCCAAUGAUACUCUGAACAUUGUGGCAUCAGAUCACCGGCCUUUCACUACGAAGCAGAAAGCUAUGGGCAAGGAGGACUUCACCAAGAUCCCGCAUGGAGUGAGUGGUGUGCAGGACCGCAUGAGCGUCAUCUGGGAGAGAGGAGUGGUUGGAGGAAAGAUGGACGAGAACCGUUUUGUGGCCGUUACCAGCUCCAAUGCAGCAAAGAUUCUCAACCUGUAUCCCCGCAAGGGCCGCAUCAUCCCUGGAGCCGAUGCCGACGUGGUAGUGUGGGAUCCAGAAGCCACCAAGACCAUUUCAUCCAGCACCCAGGUGCAGGGAGGAGACUUCAACCUGUACGAGAACAUGCGCUGCCAUGGCGUCCCGCUGGUCACCAUCAGCCGUGGGCGAGUCGUGUACGAGAACGGCGUCUUCAUGUGUGCUGAGGGCACUGGCAAGUUCUAUCCCCUGAGGUCCUUCCCGGACACUGUCUACAAGAAGCUAGUCCAGAGAGAAAAGACCUUAAAGGUUAGGGGAGUGGACCGUACGCCCUACCUGGGGGAUGUAGCCGUCGUUGUGCAUCCUGGGAAAAAGGAGAUGGGCACGCCGCUCGCAGACACCCCCACCCGGCCCGUUACCCGACACGGGGGCAUGAGGGACCUUCAUGAGUCCAGCUUCAGCCUCUCUGGUUCUCAAAUCGACGACCACGUUCCAAAGCGAGCUUCGGCUCGGAUCCUCGCUCCCCCCGGAGGCAGGUCAAGCGGCAUUUGGUAAAGGCACCGACCAGCCCCCCAAGUGAGGACGCACCACUGCCACCAGCCCGCACACCCUCCGGCCACGGCUGCAGGGGGCGGGAGAGGCUGGGCCGGGCGGCACACCACCUGAGGGGGCCACGGGACCCGGGGAGCCCUCCCCAUGUCUGACCCGUGAUUCACUGUGCUUCGAGCCAACCCUAACAGGCACUUUGAGAUGUGUUCCUCCCGCUGCAGUCCUUUCCUGCCUCGGCCCCGGCAGGCUUUUUCGGGGGCCCAGGAAAGCCACACUAUGCACCGAGCCCACUGCAUAGAGCCCGGCCCAGCCCCUCCUCUCACCCCCCGCUCCACAUGCUGGCCUUCAGUGCCCUGCCCCCUGGCCGACCCACCAGCUGUCCGGAGCACUUUAGCAGGUGGGUGUUGGAGGAAAAGGACCCCUCCCCCGCAGGAGGCCCUGUGGUCACUUUUCCCAAGUCAGACAGCUGUUGGCUUCCCAGCCAUGCCCAGGGUGUCCCGUUCCUCCUGACUCAACGCUGGGCCCCGUGUGCGUGUUCUGGGGACACUCUGCACCCCUUUGCCAGCUUCUUCCUCCUCCCACCCCAGCCUCUGGGAGUCACAGGCCCCGAAGGGCUCGCUGGGCAGGGCACAGGGCUGGUGCCAGGCACGUGUACAUGAUUUUGUUUUGCACGUUUGGUUUGCGCAGUGGUUUGGUUUGACUUGUUUGUGCAUCCUGUGAAGAAUAACGGUGCUUCGUGUCACUAGCAUAGCAUAGAAACAGGAGUAGUUGUGGACCUUAAGAGACGCUGCACUCGACGCCGACCAGACAGCCCAGGGCACAGACCAGGAGCGGGCUGAGGCGCCGGGCUCACGGGCCCUUCUUCUCCCCACCCGGAGUCUUCCAGGCUGCCGCGGCCCUGUCCCAGGCCCUCCUCCCAUCCCCCCCCCCACAAUCCUGGGGGUAGUUGUCUACAUUCUGGGAGGGGCCAGUAAGCCAGCCCUGGGGACCUCCGGGGAGCAGAGUCGCCCCUCCCAGCACUAACACCCCCAAACACCCGGCUUCCUAUAAACUCCCCCCGCUGGACAGAGGCCCAGCCGCUCCUCCCGUGUGAUUGGCAAGAGGCCUCACGCCUGCUAAGAGAGGGGGAGCAGGACUCGGGAGUGAGCGGGCUAGAGGCUGGGCCAGCGGCACCAGGCCGGAGAACCCACAUUGCUGCGCAGGUGCUGUGGCCUCCUGGGGUCAACACCUCCCCUGUCCCUGCUUGUGGCCUUCGUCCCCUCCCACGUCCAGCUGGGCUCUCCCUGCCUCGGAUGCUCCGGGAGGUUUCCAAGGAAAUGCUAGAGGCUGGGUGAUCAUCCACCCUGAGUGAGCUGGGAGGCAUCCCAGCCGCCUGCCCUUCUUAAGCCUUUCCGUCCAGGCAGGGAAGUGAUUUCAUAUUGCACAUUCGCUUUGCGCACCCCACGCUUGCCCUGGGGCUCUUGGGCUGGUGGUCCUACCCUGCACAUUUCUUCAGUGCUUUACAAGCUUUCAAAGCACUUCAUAUACGAGCCCUCGAUUGCUCCGCCCGACUGCAGAGCAUGUUAUUCUCCCCAUUUCACAGACGAGGCCCAGAAAAUUUAGGCCUUCUGACCCCACGAGUGUCCAUGACGGCCCUUAAGAGCUUGGCUUGUCUACCCCAGCGUGGAAAGGAAGAGGGGGGGAUGUCUCUUGUAGACCCCACCCGAGAAUUGAACCAUCCAGAAGACUUACUCCCUUGGUAGGCAUUCUGCUUUGUUUUGCACAGGUAGAUAGAUCUUUCUUACAAACCAGCUGACGCCUAUUCACUGUCUGAGCCAGAACUAGUUAAAUGUUGGGGGGCUUGCCCUAUGGCUUGAGCUGCCUCCACAUCCUCCCUUCUCCCUUCUUGCUCAUCUUCCUCACUUAGGAGCUGAAAGGACAGAGACGGUACCCCAGGGAGCAGAGGCAACAAAGGCACUCACGGGGGGUGGCAGCCACGGGGACAGUAGGUAGAAAUAUGGGCCUGGGAAACCAUGACACGGACCCCUCAGUACAACGCACAUCAUCUUCUUUACCCCAGCCCGUUGCUGGGUCAUGGGCCUUGGGCAGAUGCCAAAGAGCCAAGCAGUGGUGGCAGCCAGAGGGCACAGCAUCCCUGCUUGGGCUAAGAAAGCUUUACCUUCUCUGAGUGCCUCCGCCCGAGAGAUGCAUGGUCCAUGGGAUGGCUCUGGGAGACCACAUCUUGGAGUGGUCCACAGUAGACCUUCCACUUCAUCUUACUUGCCCCACACACACAUAGCCCCCGAUCCUUUCACAGACCCCGCCCUUGCCCAGGAGCUUCUAGAUGAAAACCAGAAGGAGGUUCAAGGGACCAAAGGAACGGUCAGCCCCACCCCCCACCCCCCACCCCCCACUCCUUGCCCCUGCGCAGAGCUCCGGCCAGCUCCAUCAGCAGCCCCACCGCUCCUGGUUGGAAUGACGAGGGUCUCUGGUUGCCCUGAACGCAGCUCUCAAACUGGUCCUGUACUUGCUGAAUAAAUACUGUUGUUCUUGCCUUAGCUGCUCUCUAGGUUUGUGGGAUUAAGUUACCAGAAAAUCGUGCUACCGUGUGUGCGUGUGUGCGUGUGUGUAGUGCUAGGAGUCCACAGUAGGUCUCUGUCAAGCCAAUGACGUGAUGAGGGCUUUUCCGAUACUGACCCAGAAACCACAGAAGCACGCGAAAACCCAAACCCCCUCCAGCUGCCCCGGGCGGCAGGCACAGCCUGGGGGCGGGAUGGAGCCUCCAGCACCCAAGUGACUUCUCACUCCUCUGUAACCGUCAUGGUGCUAAGAUUGUGUCAACCCCAAGACGACACAUGGUCCUGUGCUUUGGCCACCUGUUUGAGGCAAAGACAAAACAGCCCGACACAUUGUGUUCUGGUGCAGGUUUGUAUUAAACUGU